AUGGAGAAGACAGAGAUGGGCACCGCCAACAAGCCCGUCCAGGAGAACUCCUCCAUGGAACAGGUGCAGCCUCAGGCCUCCGUCACGUCGGGAGAGUCGGUGCACGAGAAGAAGCCUUGGUGGCAUCCGGUCAUCGAGCCUGGUUCCGCGGUCCAGAUUAUCAUCGCCGCUGCCAUCGCCGUCGGUAUCGGUCUGGGUGUCAAGUCGGCCCACCCUGAUAUCCCUUCGGCCGCGACCACUAUCCUAAUCAUCCCUGGUAACCUGUGGCUGCGGGCCCUCAAGGCUGUUGUCCUGCCCCUCAUCGUCACAGCCAUGAUCCUCGCCGUCCAGAAACUGAAGGAAAUCACAAACGGCGGCGCCAAACUUGCCAAAUGGACCAUCGGCUACUAUGUCAUUACCACCAUCGUCGCCAUUGUCCACUCCAUCAUCAUGACCUCCCAGGUCUGGGCGCGCCUCAUGAACGUCGCCUCGGCCGAGUCGAUCGCUGUUGAUGGCAUGUCCGACAAAGACCAGGAAACUUACAAAGACCGCCAGGAUCAAGACAUCCCUGCAACAGUGACUGAACUCUUUAACUCACUCAUUCCCGCCAACGUUGUCGACGCGCUCGCUUCCGACCACUUGCUCGCUGUCCUUGUCAGUGCCGUCGUGGUGGGCUACCUCCUUGAUGAUCGCGACGGUCGCUCUUCCAUCGUCAAGGCUGUCCGUGAAAUCGAGACCCUCAUCAUGGUUAUAAUCACCUUCCUCAUCAAACUCGCGCCCAUCGGAGUCUUCUUCUUGAUCCUGCCCAACAUGUUCAAGCUCGACAUCAACGACAUCGGUGUCAACCUGGGUAUUCUCAUGGGUGGUGCCAUCAGCUCGAUGUUCCUCCACCUCUUCGUUGUCUUGCCAAUCAUCUUCGUCGCCUUCACUCGCCAGAACCCAUACACUCUGUGGCUCUCGUGCUCGCCCGCUUGGCUGACCGCCUGGGGUACCGCCUCCUCGGCCGCCACCCUGUCCGUCACGAUGCGCUGCACCCGCGAGAAACUGAAGGUUCCUGUCACAGUGACCAAGUUCGCCGUGCCUUUGGGCUGCCUCAUUAACAUGGACGGAACGGCCAUCUACUUCCCCAUUGUCGUCGUGUUCCUUGCCCAGACGCAGGGCCACGUCCUGAACGCGGCCGACUACAUCAUCAUCCUCCUGCUGUCGACUUUGGCAUCCAUCGGAACAACCCCUAUCCCUAGCUCUUCUCUCGUCCUGACCGUCAUGAUCGCUUCCAGUGUCGGCAUCCCGCCCAGCGGAAUGUACGGUGUCGUCGUUGCCAUUGAUUGGUUCAUCGACCGAUUCCGUACUGCGACCAACGUCAGUGGUGAUCUUUUCGCCGCAGUCAUCGUUACCAAGAUGACUGGCAUCACCGACCCUGAAGAUGGUUCAGAGGAGGAGAUCACUGAGGUUAGACAGAACGAUGAGCGCGUUUAA